GCCAUCCCAUGGUGCCUUCCCAGACACACUCGCCGUCCAUUACAUCGUCGUGGUCCUUCUCGUGAAGGCGACACGCUCAGAUUAUAAAGACAACCUGUUCCCCCCUUUGAUCACAAGUUUUCCUUUUCACCAUUCCAUUCAAUAUCCCACUCACAUACUCGAUCUUGACCGACCUUGAUAAACCAAAACAUUUCCAGGCUUAAACAGUCGCCUUUUAUUCUAUCAAACCACAUCCAAUAACCCCCCACCCUUUCAUUAUCCACACCUUACACACACGCCCAACAUGUCAACACAACAAUUCACUAAGAAGGCCGUCCACUUCGGCGCCGGCAACAUCGGCCGUGGAUUCGUUGCCUGCUUUCUCCACAACUCCGGCUACGAGGUCGUCUUCGCCGACGUCGCCGAUGCUCUCAUUGACAAGCUGAACGAGACCCCUUCAUACCGGGUUAUCGAGGUCGGCGCCGAGGGUACCAACGAGAACACCAUCACAAACUACCGCGCCAUCAACUCAAGAACACACGAGGCAGAGCUGGUCGAAGAGAUUGCCACAGCUGACGUCGUCACGUGUUCCGUCGGCCCGAACAUCCUCAAGUUUAUUGCCCCUGUCAUCGCCAAGGGUAUUGACAAGCGUCCCAGCGACCUGGCGCCCAUCUCUGUCAUUGCCUGCGAGAACGCCAUUGGCGCCACCGACACCCUUGCUGAGCACAUCAAGGACCCUCGCAACACUGCCGCCCACCGCUUGGAGGAUCACCACGAGCGUGCUCGCUACGCCAACUCCGCCAUCGACCGCAUCGUUCCUGCUCAGGACCCCAAUGCUGGUCUCGAUGUCACUCUCGAGAAGUUCUACGAGUGGGUUGUCGAACGUACACCCUUCGAAGAGAUCCCCAGUAUUGAUGGUAUCAACUGGGUCGAUGAGCUCGCUCCUUUCAUUGAGCGCAAGCUUUACACCGUCAACACUGGCCACGCCACUGCUGCCUACCACGGUUACAACCGCGGUAAGCGCACCGUCUACGAUGCGCUUCAGGACAAGGCCAUCAUGGCUGAAGUUCGCAAGGCUCUUGAGGAGACCAGCAACCUGAUCAUCAGCAAGCACGGCAUCGACGAGAAGGCUCAGCGUGAAUAUGCUGCCAAGAUCAUUCGCCGCAUCGGCAACCCCCAUUUGGAGGAUGCUGUUGAGCGUGUCGGACGCGCGCCUCUUCGCAAGUUGAGCCGCAAGGAGCGCUUCGUCGGCCCCGCGGCUGAGCUUGCCGAGAAGGGUGAGGACUGCACUGCUCUGCUCCGCGCAGCUGAGAUGGCCUUCCGCUUCCAGGAUGUGGAGGGUGAUGAUGAGAGCAAGGAGCUUUCCAAGCUCAUGUCUGAGAAUUCUCCCGAGGAGGCUGUCACCAAAAUUUGUGGCAUCCAAUCUUCUGAGAAGAUUCACCCCAUGUUGGCCGCCGUCGUCCGCAAGGUCCAGGCCGACAGUGAGGAAUGACUCACCGGAAAGCUUUGACGUGUAACGAUUAACGGCUAAUUAACGGGCAUGAUUUUUCGGAGUUUAGCAUAUAUCACUGGGACAAGCAUGGAGUUUGAGGAUAUCACGGCAGCGCAAAUUUCAGCGCUAUUUCUGAGGAAAUCCGAGCUACAUGGCAGGAUCAAGAUUCAUAAAUCUGAGCUACAAAUUCAAACACUUUACAAAA